AACAGAACUUCCUAGCUCAAGCAAUUUCGUUUCUCCUUCAGUUCCUAAUCUGAGCACAUAUCCAACUGCAAAAGGAAGACUUUGGGAGCUAGAAAACGCAGCAUCUAGGGUAUUAUCUCGAAAACAGUCUCGGAUUGUGUAUCAUGCACAUGUAACAAACAUUCUGCACGUCUUUCCAUCGUUCAAUCCUACUCAUCGGUCGCGCAGCUCGAUGCCGAUUCUUCGAUUCUUUUCUGUUCUCCACGGCUCCUUCAGAAACAUGACACUGUCAGAAGCAUGGUACUGUGGCUCCCCGGCCGCAGGUCAAGGAAAAGAAAGCAGUAUCUGGGACAAGGCAUAGACCGGAAGUAUUGACGUGAGGAUACUGCUGAUAGCCAGCGCAGCUCGUGCUUCAGAGAAGUCUACCGCUGCCGGCCCUGUGAGGGACCUGGUACCUGGGAUUUGAAGAUAUUGCGUAGAGUGCGGGGCAAACAUAUAUCCUGCCCAUACAGAUAGAAGAAGAGUUCACCAUAGUGGAAGCAUCCAUGAGGAGGAAAGGGGGCAUAUCGGGACUGAGAAGUUGCAAUGAUCAGCAGAAGUAUUCAGUGAAGAGUUCUGAAUGCUUUGAUGGCCCAGGAACAGGUCUCGACUCUAAGUCCAAUCCAUCAGUCGAGGAAAAUGGUGCAGCAUCGGAGCUGAGAUCCUGCCAGCAGAGUACUAGUCGAGCAAGCAGUUCGAACGGGGAUCUUUGCAAUGAUUCUGUCAUCUGGAAGUCCUCCACUAAUCAUGAAGUCCGGAGUUUUUUCACGAAAGUAGCUGCCAUUUGUGCUUACGAAGGCACCAAGAGCACCCUGCACAGUCAGUGGAUGAGGUUCGCGGGCACAACUAAGCUUUCGCUCCAUCAUGAUCAUGAUCAAUGCUCUUGGAACGAAAGCGGAGGAAAAACAGGAAGAGUAGGAGAUUACUUCCCGCUAGUACCCAAUGACGCCGGCCUGAAUUGCUUGACUCGAAUCUCCCUCACACACAUAACAACUGCAGCUGGGGUUUGCAAAGUUUGGCGCGAGUUUCUACUGGGGCCUGAUUUCUACAAGUACAGGAGGUCAAUGAAUGUGAGAGAGGAUUGGGUAUUUAUACUGGGAAACAACAUGCGGAACGAGUGGAAAGUUUACCGUCCAGCUUUCAAUGACUGGCUCGUCCUACCUCCAUGUCCCUACGACUACAUGUUCAGCUCGUGCGACAAGGAGAGCAUGAUCGCAGGGUUGAAUCUCCUGGUCUUAGGUCAGUCACUGGAUGGGUACAAAGUAUGGAAGUUCGACGUCAUCAGAUUCCAGUGGUCCAUAGCUCCGAGAAUGCAUUCCGCUCGCUGCCUUUUUGGCUCCGCCACAUCCGGAUCAUUCGCAUACUUCGCAGGAGGAACCAACAACGGGUCCACGCUAAAGUCUGCAGAGCGCUUCAAUGCGGAGACAGGGCGCUGGGCAACGCUUCCGAACAUGAACAGAGAGAGGAAGUUGUGCUCCGGAUGCAUCAUGGAUGGAAAGUUCAUAGUCAUCGGGGGGCAAACGAAUGAUCAAAUACUGGAGUGUGGAGAAUUGUAUGAUCCCAUGACCAAGCGAUGGACUCUGAUCGAGGGAAUGUGGCCGCGAGCUUUUGCUCCCAGCGCAACUGGGGCACCUCCACUCGUCGCAGUUUUGAAUAAUGAGCUUUUUGCGAUCAAUAUCCUGGAAAAUAAGUUGAUGAUCUACGAAAAAGACCUGAAUCUGUGGCAUCUGCUGGAAGCCAUACCCGAGAGAGGGCGGAAUGUAAGCGGAUGGGGUCUCGGUUUCAAAGCAGUCGGGUCAGAGCUUUUUGUGAUCGGAGGCUCGCGAGAUGUCGCGGAGUGGGUGCCUUACAUCCAUGCUUAUCAGCCGACAUCGAGACAAAGCGGAAAGUGGAGAUUUGUCGUUGACCUUCAAGGUCCAACUAGCGGAUUUAUUUUUAAUUGUGCAGUCAUGAGUAGUUGAUGUAAGCUGAGAUUAAACACUCUUCGCACAGAUCGGUCCUCACAUUUCUAACUUGGAUUCUGCAAUGGGGAGUGCGGAACCAGAAGAUGAGUUCUGUCAAAUGCGUCUACAGGAGCACCUUGCAGUGCACUGAAUCUUCUCUGGUAACCUUCCUCUCAUUCAGACUCGAUGAAUGGCCGCAACGCUCACUUCCGUGAACCCAUUUAUUCUCCUAUCAAAUCAUUUAUUCAACAAAUAAAUUUAAUCACUAUAUUAUUAUCGA